AUGUCAGCUACAAGCGGUAUUGAAAAACUUCAAGGUACAUGGGAAUAUGUUGAUGGUGAACGUUUCGAUGAUUAUAUGAAAGAAAUUGGUGUUGGUUUUGCUCUUCGUCAAUCAGCUAAAUUGGUUAAACCAAAAUUAAUUAUUAGUCAAAAUGGCGAUCGAUGGGGACUUAAAAGUGAAUCAUCACUUAAAUCCGCAGCCUAUGAAUUUACACCUGGUACUGAAUUCGAUGAAACUCGUCUCGAUGGUGAAAAUAUUAAAUCAACAAUUAGAUUUGAGAAUGAUAAAUGGGUUCAUACAAUGCGUGAUAAAAAUGGUAAAGAAUCUACUGUUACACGUUGGGUCGAUGAUCAAGGACAACAACAAAUCGAAAUGAAAGCUGGCAAUGUAACAGCUCGUCGUUGGUAUAAACGUGCUGAAUAG